CGGCCAGAGAGAAAAAGGGACCGACGGUUGACAAACGAAUACCGAUGGAAAAUAGAACAAUAGAAUGAUUCAAACUGGGAGACGACGUUGCCUGGUGAAAUGAACGGCAAACUGACACGUUAGCGAGAAGGCAGGGAGAUAGGGAAGAAACGGGAACAUGGCACUUCGUCUGGGUCCAAGUUUCAGCCAUCCUCUGAUUGCUUCCAGCGUUUCCGUCAGAACCACUCGCCAAAUCCGCAGGUGUUCGAUUCGGAGCUGUAUCCUGGAACCCAACGAGUCACGCAAGCUAGUGCUGGAAGUGAAGGAGAAGCUUGAGAAAGAAUACCCCAGCCUCCCUGUAGGUAGCAAUGGAAGAGAUGACGAGGAUAUGAUACUAUGGUUUCUGAAAGAUCGCAGGUUUUCUGUUGACGAAGCUGUUUCAAAGUUGACUAAAGCCAUUAAAUGGCGUCAUGAAUUCGGUGUAUCUGAAUUGUCUGAAGAAGCUGUUAAAGCCGUAGCUCAAACUGGAAAAGCAUGUGUGCAUGACUUUCCUGACGUCGAUGGCAGACCUGUGCUUUUGGUGGUGGGAUCAAAGCAUAUUCCCUUAGAAUUUGACCCUUCAGAUGAUAAGAAGCUGUGUGUCUUCUUACUUGAGGAGGCAUUGAGUAGGCUUCCGACUGGUAAUGAACAGAUACUUGCAAUAGUUGACCUCAGGGGUUUCAGAACAGAAAAUGCAGAUCUGAAAUUCUUGACCUUCUUGUUUGAUGCAUUUUACUACUACUAUCCCAGGCGAGUGGCCCAAGUACUGUUUGUGGAUGCUCCUCUCAUUUUUAAGCCAAUUUGGCAAAUGGCCAAGCCCUUGUUAAAAUCAUAUGCUUCUUUGGUGAAAUUUUGCUCUGCAGAGACUGUCAGGAAGGAAUAUUUUACACCAGAAACACUCCCUGCCAGCUUUAGAGAUUGAGAAGGCUUUUCAUGAAGCGAAAUUCUUGUUUGGAAGAUACACAAAGUUGCAGCAAACUGUACGAACUUUAUAGCAGAUGACAAGACAUUGAUAGAUUCAUCACUGUUAAGAGCCACGGUAGAUUCUGUGAGGAAUCUGAGACGAACCAUUCUAAUGAUUGGCGUUCAUUUGUCUUGUUUCUUCUUAUGCAUGAUAUGUAGGAAUCUAUUGGAAAUUGUUCCGAAUAACUACCUUAGAAGUUCAGAUCAUCCAUAUUUAUUCCUGCUACACCAAGAGCAAAAAUUAUAACUCAUACAUGAGGGGUCAAGUGAAAUGAUUUAUAAACAUUUUUUUAAUCGUGAUUUUCAGAAUUUAAAA